AUGGCAAUUGAACUUUACUCAGAAAACUGUGGUGUUUCUUCAGUGAGUCCAAGAAUUUCAUUCUCACAGGACUUUUCACAAACAGAUGCCAUACCUGUUGAGCAACACCCUUUUAGAUCAAAUUCAUCUGGGUUGAAUUCAAGUAUUGAUUUUGAUUUCUGUGUCAAUCAAAGCCUCAACCUUGAAUCAUCUUCAGCUGAAGAGCUUUUCUCAGAUGGGAGAAUUCUUCCAGCUGAAAUCAAGAAAAAAAAACCACCUUUGAAGCAACCAUUAACAACUCAAUCAUCACCACCAAACCCUCCAUUGAACCCUUCAUAUUCUAGCUGCAACAAUGAUUCCAAUGGUAAAAUCAUGAGAAAAGAAAGCAAGUAUUUGAAUGAUGAAGUGUGUGAGAAACAAAGUUCAAGUUCAAAGUCAUUUUGGAGCUUCAAGAGAAGUAGUAGCUGUGGAAGUGGCUAUGGAAGAAGCUUGUGUCCAUUGCCACUUCUAUCUAGAAGCAAUUCAACUGGAUCUACCUCAAGUGUCAACAAGAGGAAUUCAAUGUCAAAGGAUGGUAUUAGUAUUAAACAAAAUUCUCAGAAACAUUCUUCUUCAACAAGGCUUUCAAAUUCAUCUGGGUCUAACAGUUAUCUAAAACCUCCAUUGAAUAAGAGUCAUGGAUCUCAUGGUAGUGUUAGAGUUAAUCCUGUUCUUAAUGUUCCUUCUGCAAAUUUAUUUGGUUUGGGUUCAAUCUUCUCCAACAAUAGAGACAAGAGCAAGAAAAAGUAG